CCCGUAGUUUCAUUACUUUCCACAGUCUUUGAUUUCAAUACUCACGGACUCCGGUAAAUCGUAGUAGCUACAUUUUUAAAGCAGUGUUAGAUGUAUUUGUGUACAUGUAUAGACACGCGAAUGCCUAGUUAACUUCCUCGUAUAUAGGUAGUUAAAGAUAGUUGGAUAGCAUCACUGACCGGGGCCAGCAUGUUUCAUGCAAGACCCAUGCGAGUUGAGGCUAGCAGGCUGUUAGCGUGAUAUCCAAUAAUGAUAUCAACUUAUUAUUCGUUGCGAGAAACAUAUAGUUAACAAGUUAUCGAGCAAUCCAUAGAUCGAUAUAUACUAGCUCUCGAAAUGUCCCAUGUCUGUGUGACAGGACGCGGAAGGCGUCCGUUUCCGACAAUUUAGUAAGCUGUGCAGUAGUAUACUAGUAGUAGCUAGCUAACUACCUUGCUAAUUUAGGUUGCCAGCCAAAGCAUUGCUUUCCUUGGCUAGCUAGUCGGCUAAGUUUAUUGCUAUAACGUUACUUUGGAAUGGAACUGUUUCCCCGCCAGGUUAUUCUGUAGCUCCAAGCCAAUGACGACAUUGAAACUGUACACAAGUUACCUAGCUAGGUACCACUGCCAAGCUUAUUUACCUUAGUUAAGUCACUACUCAUACGACAUACUUUCUAAUUUGCUUGGGAUUACUUGAAUUUACUCGUUCACAAUGUUGAACUCACCGAACUGCAUACGAAAAUUGAUUGUACAAGGAAUGAAGCGGAUGGUGUGGUCCGUGGCUGACAGGAGACGAAUACACGUCAAGUCAUUCGUGUCCGACGGUCACAAAACGCUGUGGACAAUCUUAGGGAAUGGGAGCUAUUUCUCCACAAAUUCCUCGCUCUGCGCCAAGACUCGGGGAAUUCAGAAGAAGAGAGACCUUUCAGAGAAGAAACUGACUCGCUACUUUGUUGAUCACCGCACAGUGAAGCUGGUGGCUGGCACUGGUGGCAAGGGUGCUUGUACUUUCCACAGUGAACCCAGGAAAGAAUGGGGAGGGCCAGAUGGAGGGAAUGGAGGUGAUGGAGGAAGCAUUAUUAUAAAAGUUGACCAGCAAGUGAAAUCGCUGUCAUUGCUCACCCCGGUUUACCGUGGGGAAGAUGGAGAACGGGGGGGGAGCAAAAACUGCUACGGCCGCAACGCAGCCACUACCUACAUUCGAGUACCUGUUGGUACAGUCCUUAAGGAGAAUGGGAAAACUGUUGCCGAGCUGACACGUCACAACCAGGAGUAUGUCGCCGUGUACGGUGGAGCUGGGGGCAAGGGGAACCGUUUUUUCCUCUCCAAUGAGAACCGUGCACCAGUGCAGACCAGCCCCGCGGAAGAAGGCCAGCAGCGGGUUUUACACCUGGAGCUGCGUACCAUGGCACAUGCCGGACUGGUAGGAUUUCCGAAUGCAGGAAAAUCUUCACUGUUACGAGCCAUUUCAAAUGCAAAACCAGCUGUGGCAGCUUAUCCCUUCACCACACUUAACCCCCACGUCGGCGUUGUGCAAUACCAGGACUAUGUGCAAGUGGCAGUGGCUGACAUCCCAGGGAUCAUCAGGGGAGCGCACAUGAACCGCGGCCUGGGGGUCUCCUUCCUGCGGCACAUCGAGCGCUGCCGCUUCCUGCUGUUUGUGCUGGACCUGUCGGCCCCGGAGCCCUGGGUCCAGCUGCAGGACCUGCGCUUUGAGCUGGAGCAGUACCAGCCAGAGCUGUCCCGGCGGCCGCAGGCCAUCGUGGCCAACAAGAUGGACCUCCCCGAGGCCCGGGACAACCUGGCCGCCCUCAGGGGUCACGUGACUCAGCGGGUCAUCCCCGUGUCGGCGCUCACUGGACAGAACGUGGAAGAGCUCAUCCUGCACCUGCGGUGGUUGUAUGACGGACACCCACACGCAGAGGAGGGGGGAACUUCAGAAGGGUAGCUGUGAGAGGAGAAGGAAGCGCCUGCCCAUUUGGACCCCUCCCUCCUGCUUGGGGCUAUAUAUUAUUAUAAAUUAUUUGUGAAACUGAAAUGGACAAUGCAUUCUAAGCUAAUAUAAUUUAAAAUAAAUUUAGUACACAUCUGGUGAUUUGUAUUUAUAUACAGUUGUCUGGUCAGUCACACACUUUUUUGUGUAUGAAUAAACGUGUACACUGUG